AUGGCCGAAUUACCCAGUCGCGGAGUGCAGCGCUACGCAGUCACCCAUUCAGAAGAUGGCCACAAUAUGAUAUUCCUCGCCAGCGCCAGUGGCAGCAUCACCACCUGCCUCUUCCAAAUUCAAUACCAUCCGGUAUAUUCCUACGCUGUGCUUGGUUGCGGUGCGACGAAUCGACUGGCGCCAGAUGAUUUGGCGGAAAGCUUCCUGCCGCCGCACACGCAAUGGGCCAUGGGUCGAUGCAACCCAUGCAACUUCCACUGUACCUACUCCUGUGGCCCUGAGAACGACUACUGCGGAGCCGGAUCAUGCGACCCGGCCAACUCGGUGCUAUCCACUCAUCCCUCACAGCCACGCGAUGUAACAAACCUGCCCAGGCUACGCCACAAUUGGUGCACGCCUGCUGACUCCAGCUGCUGGCCCACCAAGGCAGCCAUCCAAGAGCUGGAGCAAGAGUUAGGUCCCAAUGAAGCACGGCUCGGUCUCCAAUGGACUAGCUACCCCAGCCGCAGCCGGCACCGGUGCCGGCCGGCUCCAUCAACAACCAAUCCUUUUAUGGCCUGGGAGAUAUGCCUAUGGGGUUCAAAGCCUUGUUCGCCGUCCGUCACCGGUUGUGCAUCUCCACCUCCGGUGCAGGUCACGAGUACAACAGCCGCAACUCCUGCCCGACCGGCGGAAUGCUCAUUCGGACCAUUCUGCUCAAAGACAAAACUUUCAUCCCCAGCUGGGAGGAAAGACCCAGUCCUUGCUCCGAGCGGUGCAUUCAAGUUUGGUGCAGGCGCAGUCUUCGCCGAGAUGCACGCCUUCUCCGCGCAGUACAACCGCGUCAUCGCGUCGGGCUGGUGCUCCACGGUCGGCAUGGUCGGCUUUCAUCUCGGGGGCGGCCACGGCCCCUUUGCCCCCACCAUGGGACUCGGUGUGGACAAUCUGCUGGAGAUCGAAGUCAUGCAGAUCGGUCAGGCCGCGAACGGUCAACCGUUAGUCCACAAGAAGGUGGCCAGCCGACGGCACAACCCGCAGCUCUUCUGGGCCAUGCGCGGCGGCGGUGGAGGCGUGUGGGGUGUGAUUCUCUCCAUGACCAUCAGGGCACACGCCGUCCCUGACGGUGGCCUCAGUCACGUCUUGAUGAUUCAAAGCGGCACCUUCUGUCCCGAUUCGAGUCCGUUUGGCUAUGAGUGGCUGAGGGCCAUGUGGAGUCGAUUCUCCGUUUGGACGCUGAUGCUGAACCACAAGGUCAGCACGCAGGCAGCAUUCUUCAUCGACACCUCCAAGUAUACGACGGGCGGUCUAUGCGCAGUCACAUGGCAAUUCAAUUUCGAAUAUUUCUACGCGGGGGGCCAAGCAGAGCCGGACUACCGUCUAUUCCGCGACCGACUCAAGGCGGUGCUGGAGGUGACGACCAUGGUGGAGCGUAAAUUCAACUCGGUCUUUGAAUACGUGCUCACCAUGCCGUCCGACAAAUUUCUGCUCGCCGUCGGUAACCCCCUCCCUGCUCCACACCAGCCUUCUGAUGCUGCUACCGGCUCCCAAAACUCAGUCUUUGUCUCGCGACAAGCCAUGAAAACCAAAUUCGCCCCAACGAUGAUGGAGGUGCUGGAUAUUUGCGUGGCAUCCUUGAUGAAUCCUGACCCAACUUCGCCGGAUGCAGCAGGGCAUCGCUGUGGCUUUCACUACCUUUACACUUCGUUGACUGGCAAUUUGGGGAGCCCACGGCCAGACGAUACGGCCAUCUCACCUGGCUUCCGCUCAGCCGUGAUGAUGUGGAAUGCGCGUACCUUGUCCACCCAACAAUCGGUGGACACUUUGUAUGGCAUUGGCCAGAACAGCUAUUUCUCUGAGAGCUCCUAUGUCAUGCAUAACUGGACAUCCCGCUAUUGGGGCCAGGCAUUGUACGAACAGCUGCUGGCCAUCAAGAAAGCGCACGACCCGGGCGACCAUUUCUGGUGCCAUCACUGCGUCGGAGACAACCCAGACGAUGCCUACGGAGACCCGCUCAGUGAUGCACCUGGUUUGGUCUAG